ACCACCUGAAACCUGGAGAGUUGACCAUCUGACCUCCGGGCUACAACUUCUAAACCUGAACCUCCAGCAGAGCCUGAGGACCCUGAAGUCUGGAAGAUCUGCAGAAAAAGACAAAAGUAAAAAUCUGAAUAAGAAGCAAAAAAAAGGACAAAAAGCAUCAGAAUGUUCUCGACAUCAAACUCCUCCAACGCGACGGCUGUGGUGGCGAUGAUGAUGAUGGUGAUGGUGAUGAUGAUGUCGGAGGCAGCAGCCAUGCCGAAAGGAGGCGGCCAAUCAAAACACUCGGCGAGGACACACAGGAAGUCCUCUGAUGGCGCGACGGUACAAACCGUCCCCCUGCAGCUGGACCCCAAUGUGGUGGUUCCUCCCAGAACCAUGAGGCCUCUGCAGAACGCAUCCAUCUCCCCGUGGACCUACAACGUCUCCCACGAUGACUCCCUGUUCCCUCCGGUGCUGUCCGAGGCCCGCUGUCUGCUGAAGGGCUGUCUGGACUCGGACGGCCGGGAGGACCUGAGCCUGGAGUCGAAACCCAUCAUGCAACAGGUGCUGCUGCUGCGCCGGGUCAAGUCGUCGUCGGCGGGGGCGGGGCCAGGAUACCACUACCGGCUGGAGACCCGCCUCAUGGCUGUGGGCUGCACCUGCGUCCGACCCGUCGUCCGACACCAGGACUGAAAGACCAGCAGAGACCCGGACCCCC